AGAGGAGCAGUGCACUCAACACUGACUGACUGACUGACUGACAGCUCGUGUCCAUCAUAUCAUCUGACUCCAGCAACGAGAGAGGACUAAUCGCAUUGCACUCACACACACACACACAUAGACACACACACAGAUUACCAGCCCAACCCCUUCUCCCACUCCCACUCCCGGAUCCCGUCCCCAGGACCAUGUUAUUUCGGUGCGGUCAGUGAGGGUGGACUCCGCUCUCCCGACUCCCGGCUUUUAACGUGCGUGUUUUUUUUUUGCGCAUUGAGCUCUGCAACAGGUUGAUUUGCGUUGCGUGCAAACACUCCUGUCGGGAGGGGGUGAGGUGAGGGGCGUGAAAGCUGCUCUCAAUAGCCUUACAGUUACCGUUUGGAAACCGACCACAAACACAUCGAGUCGAAGAUGAGUACCAGUGUGUCAGAGCAACUGGCCAUGCAUAAACCCCUGGCAAAGCCAUCUGGGAUUGGGGUCUUGUGUCACAAAUGUGGGAAGUCCUGCAAAGGAGAGGCCUUGCGUGUUCAAAACAAAUACUUUCACAUCAAGUGUUUCUCCUGCAAAGUGUGUGGAUGUGACUUGGCCGAAGGUGGAUUUUUUGUGAGGCGAGGGGAAUAUAUCUGCACCGCUGACUAUCAGAGACUGUAUGGGACACGUUGCUUCAGCUGCAAUGAAUUUAUAGAGGGCGAGGUGGUGUCAGCUUUGGGGAAGACCUACCACCCAAAGUGCUUUGUGUGUGCUGUUUGCAGACAGCCGUUCCCACCUGGAGACCGAGUGACCUUUAAUGGGAAGGAAUGCAUUUGCCAAAAGUGCUCUCAACCUCUGACCACCAACCCUGAACUUGUGCCUACCAAUUCUCUACAAAAGUGUGGAGGCUGCGGCCUAGAGAUUAAAAAUGGACAAUCCUUGGUAGCCCUGGACAAGCACUGGCAUUUGGGUUGCUUUAAAUGUCAUACCUGUGGUAAAGCCCUUUCCGCUGAGUAUAUCUGCAAGGCUGGGGCUCCUUACUGUGAGGCUGACUAUCACUCUCAGUUUGGUAUAAAAUGUGAGCGUUGUGAGAAAUUCAUCACUGGCAGAGUCUUAGAGGCGGGAGAAAAACAUUAUCACCCAGAUUGUGCACGAUGUGCCAGAUGCGAGGAGAUGUUUGCAGAAGGGGAAGAGAUGUAUCUGCAAGGUACUUCUAUCUGGCAUCCAAUCUGUAAACAGGCUGCCAGGGCAGAGGAAAAACAAAAGAUCACUCGCACUUCCUCUGAAAGCAUUACAUCUGCUCCAGCCUCAAGUACUUCAGGAUCUCCGAGUCGUAUCAUUUAUGCCAAGCUAGAUGAUGAGAUUCUUGACUACAAGGAUUUGGCUGCUCUUCCCAAAGUUAAGGCCAUUUACAAUAUAGAUCGUCCUGACAUGAUCUCCUAUUCACCGUAUAUCAAUUACUCAACUAUUGAAAGGCAUAGAAUGGGGGAGUCACCACGAAUGCUGUCUCCAAUACCAACUGAGGGUGAACAGGAAGGACCCCGACAGCGCAGGGCCUCCAGUCCUGGAUCCAUCGGGUCUCUUGGCUAUGGACGUUACACCCCAACGUGGUCCCGCUCACCCCAGCAUUUCCAUAGACCAGAACUCUCCUCUGCUGGUAUUCAUUCCCUGCAUACUGGUAGUUACAGCUCCUUAUCAUCACCCUCCAGCCCUGCAUCCACCCUCACACCUAACUAUGUCCCUUAUUUUAAAGGCAGUGAAAGCGGUCGGAGCACUCCCAGCUUAUCCCUGCAGCUAGACAGCAAAUCCUAUAUCCAGGCUCCUAGACAUUUCCAUGUACCAGAAACUGAUGGGAGAGCAGAUAACAUCUAUAGAAAACCCCCUGUCUACAGGCAGCAUGUGUGGCACUACAUCAGUAAUCAAUUUGAAUGUGGCAACACUGUAGGUGACUGGCGAAGCAGAGGAUUGUGGAUGGAAGACAAGGAUGAGCAGGAAGGUCAUGUUUAUUGGGAUCAAGAGGGCAACAAGGUGAAGGCAAGUUGGUUUAACCUGAAGGGAGAGAUGGAAGCCAGGGCUGACAGCUUUGAUCUGGACCCUAAAUCAUCAUCUCGAAGCCCUGCUGCUGAUAGAGAACCACUGCAAAGGUCAAGCAGUGACUCACUGUUUCGAACAAGAAUCCCUCACUCCAAAUCCGCUUCCCUUCCCGGUUAUGGAAAAAAUGGAUUACACAAGGCAGAUUUUCCCCACUACGAGUCAGAUCACGAUACCAGUUGGGGAAUGCGAGAAUACAAGGUUUAUCCUUAUGAAAUGUUAGCUGUUACUUUGAAAGCUCGUGUCAAACUUCCAAAAGAUGUGGACAGAACCAGACUGGAGCGCCACUUGUCUCCAGAGGAGUUCUUCCGUGUGUUCGGGAUGACUAUAGAAGAAUUUAAUCGGCUGGCGCUAUGGAAGAGAAAUGACCUGAAGAAGAAAGCACGGCUUUUUUAACUGAAAAAAGAUAUAUUUCAGCAGGGAAAGUUCUCCUUAGCAAUGAAGAUCCCAGCAGAAGACAAAGCGGUACUCAUGGCUGAAACAUUUCAUGUGUAAUUUCAUCACCGAAUGAAUAAUCAGAGCAAUUUUUGAGAAGGUGUGCAAAGCUAGAGGUUGUGUGUUUUGCUAAUCUUGCAUGAAAAGCUGAGCAUUGUAACCAGUAAGCUCUAAGCUUAGACUGUUGUUUGCUGAGAAUCUCUGAGAAGUAACUGUCUAGUUACAUUGUAGCGCAAAACGACUGCUUAAACACAACGGUUUGAAUGGAGCAUUUGGAUUGAGGAUGUUAAACAGGUUUGGAUUUCUUGCAUUUGACAGCAAUAAUAUAGCUGGGUGAACACUGUAGUAGU